AUGUCGACAACAGCCGUGACAACAACUGAAGCUCCUUCUACUACAAAUGCUCCAGCUUCAACUACCACAUAAGCCUAAACCACUAUUCUAGCAUCAACCACUACUGCUAAUACUGUCUCUACUACAACAAUUACUACAACUACAACAACUGAACCACCAAUAGUAAAAUAAUGCUAAGAAGCUAAUAGCGUUUUUGAUAUUACGUCUACACUAUCUGAAUUUAUUGGAGAAUCAGUUUCAUGUAGAGGAAUGACUGUUUGUCCUGAUGGAUCACCUCCUCCUUGUUCAUGGACAAGAAAAAUUGCAACUUAAUGCUUUAAUACUUAAACUAAUUCAGGAGGAUCUCAAGAGUUACAAAUCUAAAAUACUGCAAUCUUCAGAAUUAGGACAAAUUCGUUGCCAAAUCAUUGCUAUUAGUCUUCUUAGAAUCAAGUGAAGGAAAACAAUAUUGACUUUUAAGUAAUUUACAAAAACAAGCCUCGCUAUAGUCUUGGCAGAGAAAGAUUACUAAUUGAUGAGGAUGAAACUUCUUCAGUCACUUCAAUGUUCAAAGGAGAUAAUCAAUUAAGUGUUAACUUUGCUUUGUGCUCUGGAUCUUGGACAUCAGUUGGAUCUAUAUUAUAAGUGAGUCCUUCUUAUUAAGAAUUUUCUGGAAUUAUGGAAAAUAUUGUUGGUAUAGCUCUUAACGGAGUUCCUAUCCACAUUGGUAACUCAGAAUAUGGGUCAGAUGUCUUUCAUCCUAAGAAGUUUGGAGAUAAAGCUUAUAGUGAAAAAACAGUCGAACUAGAUUAAUGUUUAGGAAGUUCUGAAAUAUCUGGGUUCUAUCAUUAUUAUGGAUGGUCUCCUUGUAUACUCCCAUCUGACCUAAUAAAAAGUAGAAAUGCAGAAUUCUGUAGAAAUAUUCCAGCCUGUAUUUAAGAUUAACUGGGUUACUCAUUAUCUUUCUUGUCACCUUAAGAGAAGACAAUAAUGAUUAUUGGAAUUGCAAGAGAUGGGCAUUCGAUACUAGGACCUUACAAAAGAGAUGGAGAAUUAUGGUAGCCGUGCGAUGUAGAUAUGUGUAAUGGAAUCGAGAUUGCAGGUAUUUACUAUUACGUUACAACAAUGUUCCAUCCUUAUACAGUUGGAUGUUGGGGACCAGCUCCUAUGAAAAAAGUUGCAGAGGAAUGUUCCAACAAUGUAAAGAUCUGCAGUAAUUCAAAUCUUAUCAAUGCUAUUUCUAUUUCAGCUAACCUAAUAUUGAUUUUUAUUUUAGCGAUUUCAAGCUGA